AUGGAUGAAGCUCGUAGGAAUAACGUUAAUCGUCGAGUAACUCCAAUGGCAACUCCAAAACCAAAAGCUCCUCCUCCACCAAAACCAAAACCUCCAAAGUUAGCUACUAUGGUAUCUAAUAAAGUUGAUAGUGAUCCUAUUUCUUCUAAAAAAGUAAAUACAAAUGGUCGUGGAUCAAACGUUCAUAGGUUAUCAAGUGUUUUUGAGGAUAAAGAUGAUAAAAAUCUAAAACCUCGUAUGGGUCCAUCUCUUCCUUUAUCACCAAGAUUACCUGUUCCAACUGUUACGCUUAAAAAACAAAAAUCAUUUUCACGUGAAAAAGUAGUAAAUAAUAAUUUAAACCCGGAAAUUGAUGAAAGUACUUUGGCAUUUGGUGAUAUUAAAGCUAGAUUUCAACAAGCUCAAGUUUCAGAUGGAACGUUACCGAAUCCUUCAAAAAAGCCUGCCGCACUUGCUGAUCUUAAUAAAACUACGAAAAGUACAAAAAGUACGAAAAAUACGGAAAGAUCACAAAUUACGAAAAUUACUUCAGAAAAGAAUACGAAUAAUGUUAAUAAAACAUGUACAAACACGAAUAUUAAAAAUACUAAGACGAUGAAUACUAAAAAACCUAUAAAAUCACGAUCACUUGAUCCUAUAUCACAACCUGAUCCUACUCCGAUAAUAAUUGAUGAUGAUGAUGAAAAUUUGAGUAGGGAAUGGAUAGAUGUAGCCGAUCACAAUUAUUUAUCAGAGAUAGAUACUAAAAAGACAACAAAAUCUGUUAGGGGUACCUCACAACCACCGCCAGCUAAAACUAAAAAACCAAAACCUUUAAGAUUUAAUAGUAGUAAUGAUGUAACUUCAACAAAAAAACAAGUUUCUGAAGAUUUUGAGGCAAAAAGGGCAAGCAUAGCUAAUUUACUUGCUGUAUCAAAUCAGUCUAUACAGCGUAAUUCCGAGCAUAAUUUUGAAACCUCAAAGGCAUUACCGCCUACACCCCCUCCCAAAUCUCCAACUGAGUCAUCAUCAUCUCCUACGCAUCUUAGAAUUAGUGUACUUCCUUCACCAAAUAGGCCUAAAAGUCAAAUAUCGCUGCCAGGUACUUCAAGCGCUCCAAGUGAUCCUGAAGAAGAUGAAUAUACUAAAGAUUUUAAGAGAAGAAAAAAAUUAUGGAAUGUUAUAAAAGAACUUGUAGAAACAGAAAGAGUCUUUUUCCAAGAUAUGGUACUCUUAGAAGAGGUGUAUUCAGUACCUGCACAAGAAAUUCCGAUUUUCAACCGUUUCGACUGUAAAACAAUAUUUAGUAAUUUAGAAGAUGUAAUUGAUUUUUCAGAAGAUUUUUUAGGUUUAUUAGAAAAUGCAGCUGGUAUUGAAGGUCCGGAUGAUAAUAAUGUUGAUAAACAUUUAGAAAAUGAAAAUGAUAAUACAAGCAUAGGAGCAGUAUUUAUGCAGAUGAUGAAGAGAGAACAAGGUAAUGAGAGCAGAAUGGAAGCUGUAUAUAGUGAAUAUUGUAAACGACAUGAAGCUGCUGUUCAAAAGCUUCAAGAAUUUGACAAGGACGAAAACGUUCAAGGAUGGCUUCAGAAAUGUAAAAAUCAAUGUGAGGGUCGAACAAGAAGUUGGGAUAUAUCAAGUCUUUUAAUUAAACCAGUACAACGUGUAUUAAAAUAUCCGCUAUUACUACAGCAAAUUGUAUCGCUUACAAACCCUUCACAUCCAGAUUUUGAGGAACUUAAGCGUGCUUUUUCUGAAAUACAAAAUGUUGCUGAAAGGAUAAAUGAGAUUAAACGACGGAAAGAUAUUGUAGAAAAAAUAGUUGGUAGCAAGAAAAAAACCGAUGCCGACAUUAAACAUGCUACUGGCAUUUCCAAAGCUACUGAAGAUGAACUUUACAAGUUUUAUUUAGAAAAGUUUAAAAAUUUGGAAUUACAAGGACAGCAAUUGUCCAAAGAUAUAAAAGAAUGGGUGAAGGUCGUUAAACAUGAUAUUGACAUGGAAUAUACUUUGUUAUUAGUAUAUUUUGAAGAUCAACAGCGUUUGGCCGAAACUUUUGAAGAACUCUAUAUGCUUGAUAACAAUGACGUCGAACAUAAAAAAUUGGUGGAAUAUGUAAAAGCUAUUAAAGAAAUUGCACCAACACAUGGAAAAGAAAUGGAGGAAGCAGUCAAGAAAAAUAUAUAUCCGCAGAUUGAAAAAUUUCUGGAAUUAUUUAAAGCUCCAGCUGCUGUUAUGAAAAAAAGAGAGAGAAAAAUUUUGGAUUAUGAUAGAGCAAUGUCAAUAAAAGCCAAAGGGGGAACACUUGAUAAACAUCUUCAACAAUCCGCAGAUGCUUUUACAUCGAUUUCAGCACAAUUACAUGAAGAGUUACCUAGUUUCUUUAAAUUAAUAACACAAUAUUUUGAUAUAAUAGUGCAAGAAUUUAUUAAAAUCCAAUCAAGACUUUACCAACAAAUAGGAAUGGAUUUUAGACAAUACUUUUGUAAAUUUGUAGAUACUCAAGCAUUGGAACAUGUCUCCGAACGUAGAGAAUUAGUAUUAAGAGAAAUGGAUAUAAUUUUAGAAUAUACACAACAUUAUCAUGAAGAUUUGGGGAUGGAUGAUGAAUUAAAAACUUUUUAUUUAUUAACUAGUCCUACAGGAUUAAUAUCUGGUCCAAAUUUAAAUGAUAAUGGAAGGGGAAGAAGCCCCGGCAGUAAUUUGUCAGAUUCAUCAGGAUCUUCAAGGAAAGCUGAUAAUGUUCGAAAACGUUCAGUAUCUAAAGAUCCUAAAGAUCACAGAAAAGCUGGAUGGUGGGAUGAGAACGCAGAUCAUCGAUUAUCAUGGAAUUCAAGUUCCUCAAAUACAUUAAGGAAUUCUUUAGAAAUCAAUGAAUUUAAUUUCAAUUCCGUUAAACAAAAACAAGCCAACAAGUAUUCAUCACAUAAAAAAUAUGCAACGGAUAGUGCAGUUGAAAUUAAUAAUAACAACAGUGCAUUAGCAGAUGAUGAUGGAUUAUUUUUAUGUCGAACAAAUUAUGUAAAUAAGAGCAAGGAAAAAAAUGAAUUAAAUUUUCAAAAAGGAAUUUUAUUAAAAAUCAUACAUAUUCAUGAUGAUGGAGAAUGGUGGUUUGCAAUUAAUGAAGAUACUAAAGAAAGAGGUUGGGUUGAUCCUGCCUUUGUUACAAGACUUGAUUGA